AUGCAUCGUCAUUCGGUCCUGCGACUCGCUCGCCAAGCUGGGGGCCUUCCGCUGGUCGAAUUGCCUCCUCCUUAUCUCGCUCCCUCCCUCCAUUUCUCCCUGAUUCGGUCGCCUGUGCAGUCUUCCAACUUUUCCUCAACAACCCCCGUCGCUGGCCAUGGACGUGACCUGAGCAAGUCUCGUGGUGUCUCUGCGAUCCAUCGCACCGGUCCGAAGUUCAAGCUUGGCGUCUCGAAGUACCCAUUGCCCAAGCCUGUCUCCCCGGAGGCUCUCGAAAAGCGCAACCCGACCCCGGACCACGGACUCUGGGGAUUCUUCCCCAAAGAUCGUCAGGCCCUGAGCACUCCGGAAUAUGACCACGCACACGGCCGCUCGUGGUCUAUCCAGGAACUGCGCGAGAAAUCCUGGGAAGAUCUCCAUGCCCUGUGGUGGGUCUGUGUGAAGGAACGCAAUCGGAUAGCCACUUCCAAUCUGGAGAGAGAGCGUCUGAAGGCGGGAUAUGGUGAAUAUGAGUCUUCUGAGCGGGACCGAGUGAUCCGCGUUACGCAAAACGGUAUCAAGCACGUUCUCCGGGAGAGAUGGUACGCCUGGGAGGAUGCGCAGAAGCUUUACAAGGAUGGAUACCGACCUCAGGAUGAGGAAUAG